GGAUUUCAGCCAGAAUGUAAGAUUUUAUGUCUUCCAAUCAGAAACGAUCACGAACGUCUGACUAGAUUUGAAUCGCUGUUGUUAGCUUUUAUUUUGAAAUGAAUUUUCCAGCUGUCUUUACCGUACUGUUGAAAUAAAACGUGCGGCGAAUUUUGAGUGCUAGCGUCUACCGCCACUUGUUUAUGCCCGAAAAGCGGCUCGGCGGUUAGUUGACAGCGACUCAGCCCGAGGACGUCGCCAUGCUACCUGACAAAGAAGACGGAGACGGAUCAGGGGGAGCAGGUGGACAAAUUAUGUCUCCCAAGGGUGAGGACCCUUCUGUCAGUCUGUUCAGAGAGUACCUCCGCCUCAGGACGGUGCAUCCAGAGCCAGACUAUGAUGGCGCACUGCGGUUUCUGGACAGAAUUGCAGUGGAACUUGGGCUGCCUAUCAAGAAGAUAGAGGUUUGUCCAGGCAAAGUCGUGACCAUCUUAACCUGGCAAGGGACGAACCCCAACUUGAAAUCUGUUUUAUUGAAUUCGCACACCGACGUUGUUCCAGUUUUUCAGGAGCAUUGGAUACAUGACGCUUUCAGUGCUUUCAAAGAUGCGGAAGGCAACAUUUACGGCCGCGGCUCGCAGGAUAUGAAAUGUGUGACAAUACAGUACAUUCAGGCUGUGAGACGGCUGAAAGCCGAGGGGCAGAAAUUUUUGCGUACUCUGCACUUAACGUUUGUUCCUGAUGAAGAAGUUGGGGGUGAGAAAGGCAUGGAAACAUUUGUCAAGCAUCCCGAGUUCCAGAAAUUAAACAUUGGCUUCGCCCUGGAUGAAGGUCUGGCCAAUCCAGGUAACGCCUUCACUGUCUUUUAUGGAGAAAGGAACGUCUGGUGGAUUACCAUCCGCUGUCCAGGCAGUCCCGGUCAUGGCUCCAGGUUUGUGGAGAACACGGCGGCUGAGAAGCUGCGCCGCAUCAUCAACUCUUUCCUGGAUUUUAGAGAGAAGGAGAAACACAGGCUAAACACCAGCCAGUGCUUCACGCUCGGUGAUGUCGCCACAGUGAAUCUGACUAUGGUGAAAGGGGGUGUGGCCUACAAUGUCAUUCCAGCUGAAAUGGACGCCAGCUUUGACCUGAGGAUCCCGCCAACAGUCAAUCUCCAGGAGUUUGAAAAGAUGAUCCAGGGUUGGUGUAAAGAAGCAGGCGAUGAUGUCACCUAUGACUUUGCUCAGAAACACAUGAACCAGAACAUGACGUCCACACAAGAGAGCGAUCCCUGGUGGAAUGCUUUUAGUCAAACCUGCAAAGAAAUGGAUAUGACACUGCAGAAGGAGAUAUUUCCUGCCGCCACCGACAGCCGUUUCAUCCGAGCCGUGGGGAUUCCUGCCAUUGGCUUCUCCCCAAUGAACCACACACCCAUCCUACUGCACGACCACAAUGAAUAUCUGAACGAACGCGUGUUCCUGAAAGGCAUCGAUGUGUACAACAAGCUCAUCCCAGCUCUCGCCAACGUACCCGCCUCUCCAGAUGAGGCUUAAGUGCUCGUUUUUCAUAAUUACCAAAGAAGUAUGACAAGGCCACAAAUUAGGCCUUGGCAACAGUGAUUAUUUUGAUAAUACUCAGGCUGUUUAUUUUCUUUUAAAAAGACAUUUCCACUGUUAAUGUACGGGUGUAAUCAAAAUCAAAUCUGCCACGGAGAUUUGGAUGUCUGACUGAAAUUAAAAUCAUUGAACAAUCACGUUAAGAUAGCUACGGAUAAAUGAAAAGCACUUUUUGAAUGAACUCUUCACCCCUACAAUUUCAUUUAAUAAACUGCAGUUCAAUAAAUAUACAGUACGUGAUCAUAAUGA